AUGAUCGAUCGAUUUGGCGCCGAUGCUAGCGCUCGCGGCUCGGGGCCUGCCGGGGCAAUUGGCGACAAGCUAUCAACGACAUGGCCAACCGUUUCUACUCCACGACUCCAAGAGCCGCAGGAACCACACAUGAAUCCUGGGGACAGCGCUAGCGGCAACCUACCACGGCAACUCACAGACUAUGCUUCUCAGGCCACUGACUCGAGCCUCGAGACGGCAUUAUUUCCAUUUCACGUGUUCCUCUACGGGCCCCUGAUGGACACAGAUGUGCUGCAAGCUGUUGUCGGCAUCGCGCGCAGGCCGACGCUCCACCCUGGGUACAUUCGAGGAUGGCGGGUACGGAUGUACGGUACGCACCCUGCAAUCGUACCGCAGAUGACGCUUGGACGAGGAGGGGACGUUGUGGUGGCUGGCAUGGUGUGGGAGUGCCGUUCGCCGAAACAGCUCGCGCGGCUGCAGGAGUACGAGACGGAAGCUUACAUAUUGUGUUCCUGCGAGGUAAUUUUGAAAGGCGAAGGGACGGCACUGAAGAACAGCGAAGUGUUCUGCUGGGCCGGCCAUGCAGACAGUGAGGAGUUGACGGAUGGGUGGUUCGACCUGGGUUGGUAUAGGGGAGCACAUGAAGCCUGCGUUUGUGUGCGAUUAGACACAUGCGACAUGUCGACCACACGUGGCCGAGCCAUGGAUUUGCCAGGCUUUGGAUGGCCUCUUGACCGAUAUGACGUCCGGGAGACAAGUAAUGCAACCUGCUCGAUGCGAUGCGGAUCUCCUACUCUUCGAGGCUGUGACGGCCUCACAUUCAUAGCUGUGUUAGUAGGAAGGCUAAAACUGGUUCCAUUUGAAAACCGUCAUUGA